UGAAGUUUGCCGAUGAACAGAACCCGUUUUCCUCAAAGUAUCGAUCGAUUUCUCUAAGAAAACGCUCCAUCUUCAUCGCGAUUUCACGAAACGAUUGCUGAAUCAAUCGAAGCCACUUCUGAGGGCUUCGAUUUCUGCCUCUCCUUCUGGAUCGCCGGCAGCCAUUAAAGCCAACGCUCCAAGCUUGCUUCCAUCUGAUUGCGAUGAAGAAAACCCUAGGCCGUCAGAAGAUCGAAAUUAAGAAGCUAGAGAAGAAGAGUAGCAAGCAAGUGACGUUUUCUAAGCGCCGGACCGGACUUUUCAAGAAGGCCGCGGAGCUCUCUGUUCUAUGCGGAGUGGAUAUCGCGAUCGUCGUGUUUUCUCCGAACGGUAAGGUUUUUUCCUUCGGUCAUCCGAAUGUUGAUGUGCUUUUUGAUCGAUUUCUGACAGGAAAUUUGGCGCCGCCGCAGCCGGUGGAGAGAUAUGUCCCUGUGGAGGAGUUGAAUCGCGAGUUUGCCGAUGCGGAGAGGGAAUUGGAGGUGCAGAAGAGACGAGCGGCGGAGGAAUCGAGGAGUAGCGGCGGAUUCUGGUGGGAGGAGCCGAUGGAAGGGAUGAGACUUGAGGAAUUGAAGGAGUUUCGAUCGGCGUUACAGGAUUUGAGAGCGAAAGUGGAGGAGAGAGUGGAGAAACUGACAGCGGUGAGAAUCGGCGGUCCUCUGUCGCCGCCGCCUGCGACGCCGUUUCAUCUCGCUGGAAACCACCAAUUUCCGCCGCCUACAAAGUCGUCGCAAUUUCUACCUCUGUCGCCGCCGCUUCCUCCGCCGCCUGCGACGUCGUUUCAUCUCGCUGGAAACCACCAAUUUCCGCCGCCUCCUCCAACGACGCCGUUUCGUCUCGCGGGAGGUCGCGGACGUCUUCCUCUGACGGCGCCGUUUAAUCUGGCCGCAAACUGCCAAUGCUUGCCUCCGCCUCUGAUGAUGCCGUUUCAUCUGGCGGGAAACCAAGACGUUGCGACGGCGUUAGAAUUUUUUCUAGCUUAAACUUCUACUUCUAGUAGAUGAUUUUGGUAUUAAUGUUUCCAGAUUUUUUAAAGUGUUCAUAGAAGUCAGAAUCUGUUCGGAAAUUAUUAGGAAUUUAUUGUUGUUGUUCGUUGGAUUGUUUUUUAGUUUGAAUUUUAUUCGUUUUUUUGGGCUGCACUA